AUGAACCGGACACACUCCACCGCAACACGGUGGGCGAUUCUAAUCGGUGUGGGAGGUCUUCGGGGCUACGAAAACCAGAACCGAUCCGUCAAAGGCGCCAUUGGAGACGUCAUGGCGAUGAAGAAUUAUCUCAAGACAUAUUUGGCGCCCGUCCAAGUCCGCACGUUGACGACUCAGCGCCUUGACCAGGAUCAACCUCGAAUAGAAGCCUCGCUGCAGGACGCACCCACCUACGACAAUGUCAUCAACCAGUUACAAGAGGUGAUUAAACAUGGCCAGCGUGGGGACUACGUUUAUAUUCAUUUCUCUGGACAUGGGACCAACAACCAGGGAUCGCUUGCUUUGGUUCUCUACGAAGCCAAACUCGCUAAUUCGAGAUUGCUGUAUGGCAUAGUCUUGAGGAGUGCAAUCAACCGCAUGGUGUCGGCAGGAAUGCUUGUUACCCUUGUUCUGGACUGCUGCUUCUCAGGGAACGUUCUUCGAAACGGCCAUCUCCAACCCUCAGGGAUCCGCUAUAUCGAGUAUGACACCACCAUGGAUCUCUGUUCUGAUCACAUCGAUCCCUUUGCAGAGGAAUGCACACGUAGUUCAUCUUUGACGCUAGUGAAGGGUGCAGAAGCCGGCCAGCGUCUGCUUGACCCGACUGGAUACUCGGUUCUUUCGGCCUGCGAUUCACACGAAGAAGCCGGCGAGGUGAUCCUUCCAGACGGGGCUAAUCGAGGUGCCCUGAGCUACUUCUUACUGGAUUCGUUGACGAUCUUGCGAAAUCGGGGGGUGGAAGUCAGCCAUCAUUCACUCCAUCAACACGUCCGGGGCAACUUUCACGCCCGUCAUGGCUCCCAGACCCCAAUGCUCUACGGGAGCAAUGGCCUCUCUUUCUUCAAUGACCUCGCACGAAGAAGUUUCAUCACAUUUGUUUCUGCGCAUAGAGAUAAUAUGGAUAACCUGGUCCUAGACGCGGGUGAGGUCAAUGGGGUCCACGUCGGUGACGAAUACGCUCUUUACGACUUUGCUGCACCAGAGACAUCUAUCGCAAUACGCAAAGAGGCACACAUCAAAGCCAAGGUUGUCACUGUUGAUCAUUUCGCGUCCAAGUUAUGCAUAGACGACUGUUCUGAAGACCAGAAGGUUGCACAGGGCUGGACUUGCAAGGCAAAGAUGCUUACCACUUUAUCUCCGCAUCCAGUUCGAAUGAUGCUUAUCCGAGGCGCGCCAAACGCUCGUGAUCUUUUGGACGAAGCAAAGAAGAUCCCUUUCUUGCACCUUGUGUUGCAGGAUGAUCAAGAUCGCGGUGAUGGAUCCGAGAGCGACCCACGUGAAAGGGCUGUCUUCCAAGUCACAGCUCGUGGUGACUGUACCUAUGAGGUCCUGGAUCAACGCGCCGAGAAAGUCGAGAACUUUCCUGUAAUCAAUACUUCUGCUUCCGGCGCCAACCAGGCUCUUCUCAAAGCACUUGGACACAUCGCCGCCUUCAAGUUCUAUGAGCGGAUCGAGAAUCUUAACCCAGAUCCACAAUUCGAGGCGUCCUUUUCCCUGGCCUGUCCGGAUCAAACACCUGACUCUAAUGGCAUUUACAAGAUGAAGCACCAUGAAUGUUUUAAGCUUCAUUUCAAGAACCUUGGGACUGUUCCCAAAUACGUGGCGGUGAUGGAUUUUGACUGUUCUUGGGAGAUUUCAAAUCCCAUCUUGUGUGGAGGGGAAGGAUACAGUCUAACAAUUCUUCCCAAAGGCUCCAAUGAAUCGGGAGAGAAAGAAAUACCACUGAGGAUGGAGGUCCCUUCCGAUUUACUUGAUCGAGGGCGACGGCACGCAAAUGACGUGCGCUACUCCCCCAGCUCGGCUAUGAUGAGUUACGAGGGCACCGAAACAGAAUUGAAUGCUUGA